AUGGAGGUUGGAAAAGAAACUCGAGCUCUUCAGCAAGCUAUCGGGGUGUUAAGAAAUAUUUUAUCAUCUCCUGAAACGGUCACAUCGUUGUCCUCGUCACUUGAUCGAGAUGGGACGGGCUCAACUGCACCCAGUGUUACCCACAGCACGGUGGAAAGUGAGAUGAGGGAACUUUUUAGACCAGCUAACACCCGGGUAGCUUCAACGAGCCAAGUAGCUACACGGAGUUCGACUGGAGUGGGGCAGUCUUUGCGAUAUCAGACCCAGAAACACUUUGGCAACUGGAACUGCAGAUCAAGGAAAAGGGCCAAGACACAUUAUCAUGAUACUUUCAACAAAGAUGUCAUCCUUCUUCCACGGCCAUCAAGCAGUGUUGUUGUCAAGCAUCGCACUAAACAACAUUUACAUGAACAAGGGCAUAUAUUGAAUGGAUUUGAAUUCCAAAAAUCCUGGGACCAGAAAACUGUCUCUGAACAAAUAAGGGACGCCUUUGGAGAUAAACUUUCUGUUGAUGUAAGCCUGGAGUUUCUGAUGGCUUGUGGCAACAGACUGAUUGCGCCCAAACUGCGAGCAGGACAGGAGCUGGAUGCAAAUCUGAUACAUAAAAUUUAUAAAUCGAUAGCCCUAUACAUCAGACCAUCAAAACCAAUUUUGGUACUUUCUAAGGAUGAUAUUACAAGCUACAGCAGUGAGGAAAACUGUGAAGAAAACCCUGUUUCAUCAAGGCAGCUGCGCUCAUCAUCUUCAGACAGUUUUGCCAGUUCAACAGCUGCCUUUCAACCAAUCUCUGCUCCUACGCAAUCUCCUGCCUCAUCAGUUGGUAAUGGAACAUUAUUAACGGAAACUCCUGCCUUGCCCCAUGAAAGUAGUAUCUCAGACAAGUACAGCAGCGCUUCAACAAAUAUUUCCUUCAGCCAGUUACCAGUGUCUUCAUUGGAAAUCUACCCUUCCACUACUCAGCCUUCUACCUCAUCAUCUGCAUCUUUAAGUGAUCCAGUUCUGGUCCUGACGUGCCAAAAUACCUCAAGCUCACCCUACCAGACCAGGAAUCCAGAGAAUCAUUGUUCACCAUUACCCUCUACAUCAACACACAGUCAAUCUGUAAACUACGAUAACUACCUUUCAAUCAUGACUCCACUAUCUGACAUGUCUUCUGAUGAUGAGGAACUUAACCAGGCUAUACUAGCAAGCCUGCAGAGCGAAAGGACUUCAAGUUGUUUGGUAUCAGCAAAAGAUAUUUUGGAGGAACUUUCUGCAAAAAUAAACCAACAGAAGAAAUGCAAGUUCAACAUUAAUAGAUCAACAGUCCUGGAUGGAGCAAUUAGAGGUUUUAAACGAGCGACAUAUGAUCCAUGCCACACAAUUUCUGUCAGGUUUUCUGACGAUAUGGGAGUACCUGAAGAGGCUGUUGACUUGGGUGGACCAAGAAGAGAAUUUCUAAGACUUCUGAUCGAAGCUUUGCCCCUGUCUCCAAUGUUUGAGGGUGAAGAAGGCAAAAUGAACUUGGCGCUUGAUAGUGCUGCCAUGAGGGAGGAUAGGUACUUCAUUGCAGGCAGAGCCAUUGCAGUAAGCCUUGUACAUGGUGGUCCACCAGCAGGCUUUCUGUCCCCAACACUCUUCUCUUGCCUUGUUGAUGGCCCAGAUUUGGUUAAACCAGUUUUAGAAGAUGUUGCCAAUAGUGACCUGCGUGAAAAAAUUAAAAGGGUUAAAGAGUGUAAAUCCUUUGAAGAUCUGAUAGUAGCAACUGAGCCACUUCAGGAAUACUUAGCCAAUGCUGGCUGCCUGAGGCCGCUGCGGAGGCUGGAAGACAAGGAUCUGCUUAUACAUGACAUUCUCAUGUUCCAAGUAAUACACAGAUUCCGUGGUCCAUUUGAAAGAUUUCAGGAUGGACUACGGACACUUGAGGUGCUGGACAAAAUCCAAGCUCACCCAGAGAGUUUUCGCACCCUUCUAUGCUGGUCACCUUCAGUGCUUACAGCUGACCUUCUUGACAGCCUCUUUACCAUUCGCCUUUCUCCAGCUGGGAGCAAUAAAAGGCAUGUUGAAGCAGUUGUCAUUGGUUUCUGGAGAGACUACCUAACAGAUGCAGAAGAUCAAGACGGAACACAGAAGCUGGGGACAAUUCUUGCCUUCGCCACUGGAGCCAACACUGUUCCACCAAUUGGCUUCUCUCCACAACCGUCCAUUGAAUUUCUCCACCAAGAGCCUGAUGCACAAAUCAUGUCUAAACUACCCAUUGCAAACACGUGCAUCAAUUGUUUAAAGUUACCACUUCAUACCUCUUACAAAGACUUUCAGGAGAAUAUGGACUUUGCAUUAGGUAAUACACAUGGUUUUGGAAUAGCUUAA